AUGGUGAAGUUGCUGCACAUCAAGACUAUCGGUGGUUGGAACGUGAAGUCAUUUAACAUGGUGCUUAAGCUAUUGAAAUCUGCCUUCCCGAUUGCUCUCUUGCCUGAAGACUAUAAUGAUGCAUGCCAGCUAGAGCGUGGGUUGGGAUUUAGUUACACCAAAAUCCAUGUAUGCCCCAAUGACUGUAUCUUGUUUUGGAAAGAAGAUGAAGAGAAAGAUGAGUGCCCUAAAUGCAAAGCAUCUAGGUGGGUGUCAAUGACAAGUAAACAGCGGGUACCGCAGAAAGUGAUGCGUUAUUUUCCAUUGAAGCCUAGGCUGCAACGACUUUAUAUGUCGAAGAAGACAGUAGAAGCGAUGCGAUGGCAUAAAGAGGGGCGUAUUGAUGAUUCCAGCUCUAUGAGGCAUCCAGUUGAUUCCAAAGUGUGGAAAGAUUUUGACAGGAAACAUGAUUGGUUUGCCAAAGAUGCUCGUAAUGUACGUCUUGGACUUGCGAGUGACGGAUUCAACCUGUUCAAUAACAUGAGCAAGCCCUAUAGUAUAUGGCCUGUCAUACUUCUGCCGUACAACUUACCACCUUGGUCUUGCAUGAAAGACCCAUACUUUCUAUUGACAUGUUUGAUACCUGGUCCUAAAUCACCAGGAAAUGAUAUCGAUGUCUUCUUGCGUCCUUUAAUUGAUGAAUUGAAAGAAUUAUGGGAGGUUGGUAUUGAGACAUAUGAUGCAUUCAGUUCCGAUGUUUUCCGAUUACAUGCAUCUUUACUCUGGACUAUAAAUGAUUUUCCUGCAUAUGCGAAUCUUUCUGGGUGGAGCACCAAGGGGAAGUUGGCCUGUUCUGUGUGCAAUGUAGAUACUGAAUCUAUGUGGUUAGCCUAUGGGCGUAAACAUUGUUAUAUGGGCCACCGUCAAUGGUUGGCGCUGGACCACCCUUGGAGAAAGAAUAAACGUGCUUUCAAUGGUGCGAACGAAGAUCGGCUACAACCAUCAUUCCCUACGCCCCAAUCUAUACUUGAGCAAUUAUGCAUGGUCUCCGACGUCCAGUUUGGGAAAACUUCACCGAAGCGGAAACGGGCACCACAAGAAUUGAACUGGACAAAGAAAAGCAUCUUCUUCGAUCUCUCAUACUGGCAAGACGUGGAAUUGAGGCAUAACCUAGACGUAAUGCAUAUUGAGAAAAACAUCUGUGAUAGCGUGUUGGGCACCUUGCUGAGUAUUGAUGGAAAGAGUAAGGACACUGCAAAUGCGUGA